UAAUGCAGUAGGUAAUAUAGCUAUGCAGUAGGAAGCGUGUAUUUGGAAGGCAAUGCCGGCUCAUGCAUCCAGAACUCUACACUGGGGACAGCAUACUUAUAUUUUUAUUUCACGAUCAUAAUUCACAAUAUUCAUCAGUUCGAUUGAACUUUGACGAAACGUGUUUGGAAAUUGCAUUUUGGACAAAUUAGUAUUUUUGUCUUGGCUAUAGAACAGAUCGCUGUGGACGUGGGAUCAGAAGGUAACAUUGGCUUCUUGAGGAUGUCCAUGUUGAUUACUGUAUUCGGGGCUGACGGGCGACAGGGCCAGUCCGUAGUUCACAGAUUGGUCAAUGAUGGAAAAUUCUCUGUGCGAGCAGUGCUCAGUAACAACAACAGAAACGCCUUGGCAAUAGGAAGAGUGGAAAUCACACGAUGUGAUUUAGGCGACAAAGACGCCGUUCAACAAGCUGUCUGUGGGUCGUAUGGCUGUUUUGUUCUUACAAGGACGGAGGUAAGCCGGCCAGACGCGACGGAGAAGGAAAUCCGGGAAGGCAAGAACAUCGCCGACGCAUGCGCCCUCCACAAAGUGAGUCACGUGGUAGUGAGCACGCAGCUGAACACAGAGCGCGCGCUCGGCAUCGUGGCGCGCAAUAUGGUGGCUAAAGCAAUGGUGGAAGAGUACAUGCGUGAAAUCUGUCUCCCUGUUACCGGGCUAAUUAUACCGUGUUACUAUGAACAUUUCCUGGAUGUCUUCAAGCCAUACAAGACCGGGCCGUCCGACUACGAAAUAGCUGUUCCCAUGGGAACGCACGUGUGGGAUAUCAUCAGUGUGGAUGACGUAGGAGAAGUUGUCCGCCAUGUUUUCAACAACAAGACUCAAUAUCUAAACAAGACACUGAGUCUUGCCGGGGAUAAACUGACCAUCAAGGAGAUCGCAGACAUUUUGACUCGACAACUAGCACCGAGAAAGUUUAAGGACAAGCAGAUCACUAUCAACGAGUACCAGUACCUGGGCUUACCAUGGUGCCGAGACUUCGCCGUUAUGUUUGACUUCUUCUGCAGAGUGGACCAAAGAUACAACGUCAACUCUACCAAGGAAAUUAACUCUGGUCUGCGGCAGUUUGAGGAUUGGGUCCGAGUGAACAGGGAUCGGAUAUGUCACGUUUUAGACCAAUCAACUCCUCAGGAUGGCUCAAUUUUGGACUGGACAUAAAAAAGAUCGAUGUCAGACUGACACAAAUUAGCUUACUGUGCCUAAUUUAAUAGCUAAAGUAAAAGUAUCCCUCAAUUCCUUUACACCCAGAGUACUUAAAGUCAUACAUAGUUUUAUUGUCAUCGUGCGCAAGGAUAUGCAAAUACACUUCAAAGAAAAUGUAGGACAAAUUCUUUUGCAAUGUUUAUUCAUGACAACACUGCGCUACGAGUAAUUCUACACCAUUUACGUUUAGUGAACGCUGUUAACAUCACUACAAUGUAUUCGUUUACCUAAUAA